GACCAGACGGGCUGGGGCGGGUGUGUGCGGGCGUACGGGGACAGCAGCUGCGGUCCGGCGCGAGCACGGUCAUCCUCUCGGUGAGCCGCGGGACGUGACUCAGGGAACACGCAAGCUUCAUCAUGGGAGCUGUAGUAGCUGAUGAUGGUCCAUCUGGUGUUAAAGCCCCUGAUGGAGGCUGGGGCUGGGCUGUCCUUUUUGGCUGUUUUAUCAUCACAGGAUUCUCCUACGCCUUUCCUAAGGCAGUUAGUGUUUUCUUUAAAGAACUUAUCCGGGAAUUUGGCAUUGGAUAUAGUGACACUGCAUGGAUUUCCUCCAUUCUGUUGGCCAUGCUUUAUGGAACAGGUCCACUGUGUAGUGUAUGUGUCAACCGCUUUGGCUGUCGUCCUGUCAUGCUGGUGGGUGGCCUCUUUGCCUCCAUGGGGAUGGUGAUAGCUUCCUUUUGUACAAGCAUCGUUCAGAUCUAUCUAACUGCAGGUGUGAUUACUGGUUUGGGUCUGGCACUAAACUUUCAGCCAUCACUCAUCAUGUUAAACCGUUACUUUGACAAACGCCGGCCCUUGGCCAACGGGCUCUCUGCCGCUGGGAGUCCAGUGUUUCUUUGUGCUCUAUCACCGCUGGGGCAGAUACUACAACAUGAGUAUGGCUGGAGAGGAGGAUUCCUUAUACUGGGUGGGAUGCUGCUCAACUGCUGUGUAUGUGGAGCACUAAUGAGACCUUUGGAGCCACCCAAAAAGUCUGAAGCUACCAAAGAGCCAGCUGAGAAGAAAGUGAAGAAAAAACUUCUGGAUUUCAGUGUGUUUAAAGAUGGUGGUUUUGUAAUCUAUGCCCUAGCAGCAUCUAUCAUGGUGCUUGGCCUCUUUGUUCCCCCAGUUUUUGUUGUGAGUUAUGCCAAGGAUUUAGGCUAUCAAGACACCAAAGCAGCUUUUCUUCUGACUAUUCUGGGAUUCAUUGAUAUCUUUGCUCGGCCUAUUUGUGGAAUGGUAGCUGGUCUUAAAUGGGUUAGACCACGCUGUGUCUACCUCUUCAGUUUUGCUAUGAUUUUCAAUGGUUUCACAGAUCUCAUGGGUUCGAUGUCUGUUGAUUAUGGUGGACUGGUGGUCUUUUGCAUUUUCUUUGGCAUUUCUUAUGGAAUGGUAGGUGCUCUUCAAUUUGAAGUUCUCAUGGCUAUUGUUGGUACUCAGAAGUUUUCCAGUGCUAUCGGUUUAGUGCUCCUGGCAGAAGCUAUGGCUGUUCUAAUUGGUCCGCCAUCAGCAGGAAAACUCCUCGAUGCAACAGGGAGGUACAUGUUUGUAUUCAUUAUUGCUGGAAUUGAAGUUACCACCUCAGCACUUGUAUUGGCCUUGGGAAAUUUCUUCUGCAUUAAGAAAAAAUCGGAAGAACCACAUACAAAAGAAGAAGCAGCAGAAAGAGAGGAAUUAAACAAAUCUGAAGACAAAACUCCUGAAGAUGCCAAGGUGGACUCUAUUGAAGUGGAGCAGUUUCUGAAAGAUGAGCCUGAAAAAAAUGGCGAAGUUGUAACUAACCCAGAAACAUGUGUGUGAGCAUGACAGGGAAUUGAAAAGUGUUUAGAAAAGAAAGAUUUCCAACACUAUUUAUUUUAGAAACAGAACUAGUUUAGGGCUGGGCCAUCUGCUUUAGUAACUGGAAGCUAGUCAGCUCAUCAGAUCUCUUUGGAAGCUGAUUAGCUGGACAACUUCUCAUUGGAAAAUCAGCUUUAUCAGCAAAAGGUGGAGCAUUGUGAUUAUACUUUUUAUGUAAACUAAAAAGCUUUUAUAAACACAAGUAGGCUCUUGCUAUGCAUCACCAGAAACUGCUCACUUGGAAGAGAUAUAGGAAAAGUAUAUUUUAAGAAAAGUGGACUUAUACGUAUGUUUUCAGACAAUAUUGAUGAAAUCGCUGUGUUGUGUGACUAAGUAUAAUUUCCCUGUGUUCUUUGUGAAGGGAAAAGAGUUUGAGAUGGAGAAAAAUCUCAGGAACUUAACGGUCUCCAUUAGGUUUUUGAAUUUCUUACCUUUUUAGAUUUUUUAGAUUAAUUGGCUCAGUCCUAAUUUAAUUUUGAUAAUAUCUGUAACUUUGACUUAUGUAAAUGUAUUUCUGAGUUCUGUCUAAACCUGUAACCUUUGUAAUUAUCAUCUGGAAAUUCUGUUUGUGAAAAGGCAUAUUACAGAUAGUGUCCUGAUUAGAUGACACAAGUGGUAUUCUGAGGUAGUAUACUGAAAGAAAAAAAAUGAGCAGAAUUGAUCCCGACAGACCUUAAGCAAACAAAAUUAGCCUACAUUACAUAUACUGUGUUCAGUACGAUUUCCAUAGAGCAUUGAAAAAUAUUACGAGUAACAUGGAGAACAUGGAUAUUAGAUUUAGUAGAAUAUUCUGAAAAAGUGUCCAUUUUGUAUAUAGAAAAAGUGGUGCUAGUUUCCAGAUGUCCUAUAAAUUAGAGUGGGUAGACUUAGGGAAGAGACUGGACUAGUUUGAAACAUGUUAGCCAUCUAUAAAACGCAAUGUUAGCAUCACAGGAAGGUCUUAACAAGUUUGGUUUUGGUUUGUUUUCUUGUCUUCCCCUCUUCCCCUCCCUCCCCCCCCCAUUUAUCCCACUUCCCUAUCCUUUUGCUUAAUCUAUGGAAGUUCAAAGUGCCAUUCCUGCUGGCUAAGGAAACACGACAGAACUGUUGAUCAUAUUUAUGACAGCACUGCACUGAAAUAGAAAAGGAAGGCAUUCUAUUUUUUUUCACCCAAACACAUUGAAGAAAUGUCAUUUUUUUGUACAAAAUCAUGCUUCUGCAGCUUACCUUUCAGAUCUGCUUAUAAAAAUCUGUCUAGGCUUUGUGACUGCAGUAACAAUCUUCAAAACAGACUAAGUGUAAAAGAUCUGGUUUUCUUACUGGUAGCGAAGGAAUACUGGCUUUCAGGUGCCAAAAUUGUUGUGCUUGAUAACUGAAAACUUAAAGAUGCUAAUCCCCUAAAACCCUAUAUCCCUUUUAAAUUAACAUCAUUAAUUGUUUCAUACUUUACCAUUAUUAACAGAAACAAAGUGCCAAAACCAUGAACUAUCUCAGCUACCAGCUUCCAUUCUGCUAGUUUCUUCAGAAUGGCUUUGCAUCAUUAGGACAACCUUGUACAAAAAUUGAGAAGUUAGGAUCUUGACUUUUAAAAGAAAUAGAUGCUGCACAGAAUAAACUGUUUAUUUUUAUAUCUCAUGUAGUGUGUUACUUUAAAGCCUUUUAUUAAUUUAGUGGCAGGAAAUGCAGUGACAUUUCCCAGUUACAAGAGCUUAGCCAUGGAACUUAGCUCCAGUUUGCUAAAGACUAAAUUGAUACUUGAAACACAACACUGCUAGCUCCAGAAGGCAAGAGAAAAAUGGAAUCCACAGAGUAGUUUAUCGUAUCCCUACGAUACGUUUAUUUAUCGUAUCCCUAGAAGCUGCUUCAGAUGAUACAUGAAAACCUGAUACAGUUUUCAGAUUGGGGUUCCCCGCUCUGUUUCAAAAAGCAAAAACUGGAAAUGUUCCCAAAGGUGAAUUCAGAUUCUCAGCCAUUUUUGUCUUACUGUGGCUUUUGAAAGAUUUCUUUGCUAAAUAAUGCUACGCUGUUAUUACACAACUAAAUGGUUAUUCCUUUAACCUCAGGUUUUGGCACAAUUUUAAGUUUCUGUACAUUCUGCAAAUUGUCUAGAUGGCUUUGUAUGUGACAGAAUAUCCUUUGUGCUUAUCAUACUGACUUUCCAGACUUGUGUUUCAUUUUUCAUACAUAAUACUUUUAUGACUAAGCUGAAACGAGAAGUGUUAUGUUACAAUUUUAUAUGAUUGAGGCAGAAGAGGAAGUUAUGAAGACAGUGGAAAGCCAUUUCAACAAGACACCCUAAAUAACCUCGGAAGUAAAACCUAGUGUUCACAGGAAGGGCCUUUGACUCAAGGAUGAAUUACUCUGACUAGGACUGCCAGUGUUCUUGAGCUGUUUUCAGCACAGACCUACCACUGGAUUGAGGUGUUCAUAACAGCAGGAGAUGCUUUACUACAUGAGUGGUCAAAUCACAGGACUCCUUUAUCGACUGAGAAAUAAAAGGGCUAGAAUUUAAUUUGCUAAGAAGUUUAAAAAGCUUUUACCAUUUUCAUUAAUUACAAGAAGCAUCACCACAAAGAUGAGGAGCUCCCAAUGCAGCUCUCUUAGCAACACCAAAACUGGCAGGCUUAAGAGUAUUUCAGAGUUCUGGAGUCAGUUAAGCUCCCUGCUCCCAUUCUGUCCCAUCCAAAGGUAACACCCAGGUGUGUGCAAGCCCUCCAGUCCUCUAUCUGUUCGGCUGCCUUAAUUCCCUUGGAAAGAAAUUGCUUAUAUUGAUGGGAAAGAAACCUCCAUCCAUGCCAGAUCCCAACCUGGACACCUGUUGGCCAGUAUGAGGGUGUGCUGCAGCAUGUAAAACUGCUCCUAUUGACACAGGCCACAAAGGCCUUCACAUUGAGCUCCUGUUUUACAGACCUUCCUCCUUCCUACACCAAGACUUAAAAAAAAAAAGCAAGCAGCGAAUCCUUUGGUUCCUAGCACUGUCUAGCCAGGCUCCUUAUUUUAACUCUGCUUACUGUGUAUUUAAUAUUUAAAUAUACGUGUAAAUAAAAAUAAAUAUAUAUAAAAUAUAUUUUGUAUAUUUAAAAGCAAGGAAUUGCUUUUAAAUCCCUCCAGGUAUUUUGGUAUAGUAUUUCUUUAAUCCCAACACCACUGAGAUCCCCCUAAAGGCAGUCUGUGAGAUAUGCUCUUCCAAAUAUUUCGAGGAUGCGCAUGGUCAGAGUCAGAAAGCAAUGCUAAAGAGACACUAAUGCCCAAGGACACAGGCAGAACAGUUUCAUGCGACAUCUACCCAGACGAACCUUUGUUCACCCUCUACCUGGUUAAAAUUUUGUGAUUUGAAAAAAAAGGAGAGGGAAAAGGAAAGGAAUGCAGGUAAUUAUGCAACUGAAUUGCCAAGCAUCCAAAGAUUAUAAUUUGCUCCUUCCUUUGAAAGAAAGGUAAUUUCGUUAGACACGUAGUUGGUAAAUACAUCUCUAAGAAGUCUAUAAAGCAAACAAUCAACGGAAACAAGUGCAAAAAAUCCAAGUAUAAGACUAUAAAAUUGCUGAAAGACAGUUUUCAUAGAUUAUGCCUCUGAAACUAAAGGGCAGUCUUUUACUGAACAGGUGAGCAAAAUUUUUGAAGCAUUUUAGAUCUUCAUACUUUCUAUAAAUUGUAUACUACAGGAUUUAUGCUUAAAAUACUGUAUGUUUUUUGUGUAAUUGACCUUAAGCCCUUAUCUUCCUGAUGCAAGGAGAGGAAAUGUGUAUAAAUGUCAGGAACGCACAGAGACUAUAUAAAGAGGUGUACAUGUGUAUGCGCAUAUAUAUUUGCAUAUAUAUGUAUCAAUCUAUAUGUAUCAAACAUGCAGCAGAGUAAAUAGAGACAGUUCGCCCAUUUAUUAUAGGCAAUGAGCAGAGUUAAAAUUAUUUCCUUCCUCCUCCUAAGUUUGCCUUUCUAAAAAUUCUAAAUAAAAUAUCUUGCAGCUAUUUGGAGCCUAGAAGACCUCAGUAGAACUAAAAGUCUUCAAGUGAUGCAGCUAUCUGUUUAAAGCUAAGCCAGUUCCCUAAAGUUAAGACUUGAGAUGGUAUGAAGGUAUGGUGUGAAGGACUGAACAGUUCUUGUGCUGGUUAAUAUUAAAUCCCAUACACAAAAACGUGUGUUAAGCAAUGUAAAAAUCAUUCUCUAAAAAGAAGUUAGAAUACUCCCCUAACCAAGCAACCAAACUUCAAAAUGAAAAAAACAGAAUUCACAUAUGCACCAUUGGUACAUCCCAAAGAAAAGGUUUAGUUUGGUAGACAAUCACAAACAGAGGAAUUUCAGCAGAAUGCAAACUCUUCCAUGUUAUAGGGCUAAGUACUCACUUAUGUGUGUGUGUGUGUAUGUGUGUGCGCACCACCCUUUCUUUAGGAUUAUGGGAAUACACCUCAAUUUUGUCCAAGUGAGAUGAAAUUUUGUUUCUUGUUAACGCACUUUAAUGUAAUGUGUACAUUUAUACUUAGAUUUUUUUUUUAUGCUUUUCUAGUAAACUAUUGCAAAUGUAGUGAAUAAAUAUCUGAUUGUCAAAACCUGUGGGUUUGAGAAAAUAA